AUAAAAAGAUUAUUUAAUAAAAUCUAAAUAACUUUAUUGGGGAAUACAUUUCUGUACAACAAAUAAAUAAGUUUGCUAUUCAACAGAAGCCAAUGAAACAAUAAUAAACAACAAAAAAGCAUAAAAUAUGCUUUAAAAUGAUUGAAAUAAAAGCAAAAUUGGUGCGUGCGGAUUCAGCAAUAUAUGCAACAGGCGAGUGCGUUGAAUGUUUAAUAGAAUUCACGCACAAAUUGUUUGGCGAAGAGCAACAACGAAAUGACAAAGCAUCAACUGUAGAGAAUCUGGCGUGGGCCUCUGUGCAGCUGCAUUGCUAUAGGAAGACCAGCUACAGUACACAGUCAGCCGACAAGACAGCUGAGUUGGCCGAACUCAUAGGGCGCACUGCCUUGGAUGCCGUCACUCAAACGCCGGGCGAAGUGAUUGUGGCAACCAAGCCGAAGAUUCUCUUCUGCGACCUCAAGCUGCAGCCAGGCGAGACGAAGAUGUACUUCUUUAAUGAGUUUGUGCCGCGGGAUGGACCGCCCACAUACCGUGGUCAUGACAUACGCUACUUCUAUAAAAUCACAAUUGCCACACAGCGUGUCAAGUCCAAGGUGCAAACGCUAACUGUGCCCAUACGUGUAUUACCCAUUCCUUUAAUAGCUCGACCGGAUGAGCUGCCUGUUACAGUGGAGACGAACGAGGAGCUAACGCCCACGAAUCCAUUUCUGGAGAAGCGAGAGAUAAGCGAAUUGGAAAUAUCGUGGCAUCACUUGAAGAACGUUACGGCUCGACGUGCUCCAAAGUUCUAUCGGAUUUCGAAUAAGCGCGGAUUUGUUGGCCGCUUUUGUUUGUUUAAGCCCGCUUAUAAGCUGGGUGAGGAUAUUGUGGGCAGCCUGGACUUUGACAGCUGUCAGGUGCGUUGCGUCCAGUUCUCUGUGAAGCUGCAGCAACAGGAGCUGCCGUUGCGGCCGCAGCCGGAGCAGGCGCAACCAAAUGCUGGCGAUGAUGUCGCCUCAUUGAGUUCCUUUGAUAUGGCAAGCAUAGCCAGUGGCAUAGCCGUGGAUAAUUUACACAAAUCUGAGACGUCGGGUAGCGCACGCAAUAAGGAUGAACCCAAGCUCUUGGGCAAGCUAAGCACCAUAUCCACAUCCCAUCAGGUCUGCUAUGCAACGCUGCAGACCCAGGUGGUUGUACCCAUUCCGUUGCAUGUUACGCCCACAUUUCGUACAGACCUGGUUGACGUAAAGUGGCGUCUCCAUUUCGAGUUUGUUACCAGCACCAUGAUGGACUUUGGCGUUCCGAAUCCUCAGUCUGGUGAACUGAAAGCGCCAGCAGAACUGCCCGUUGAGACAAUGGUGUGGAAUUUACCUGUAACCAUAUAUGCAGCAAAUCCACUGCAGAUCUAUGCGCCAAAUCAAACGUAUAAUCUCUUGAUUAAGUAAUUAACAAAUUUGUUGCAAUAAAUAGUUUGUACAUUUAACAAAAUUGCGCGCGCCAUCGGUUUGAAUGAAGACUAUGUGGCAACACUCCACUCCAAUCUGACAGUUGUGCUUACUGUUCAUAACAGGACAGCAAAUGUUAAUUAUGUGCUUUCUGUUAGAUCUACGCCAAAACAAGGAUAUAAUAUAUUAAUUAAGGAAUACUUGCAUAUCUGAAUUAUUGCAGUAAGUCAUAAAUACA